AUGUCGGUACCAAUCCUCCCAAGAUGGCUCCUCUACCUACGCGCCUCCACAAUCCUCGUCAGUCUCGGCGUCCUCGUAGCUUCUGCCUACAAUCUCUCCCUCUACUCUAGCGGUGCAGUACCUACAUCAUCACCACCGGGAUUCCUCAUAUUCAAUUCGAUCCUGACAUGGAUCGUCCUCGGGGCGAUGCUCAUCCUCGAAAUCUUCCUCCCGAGAUUCUACCACCGCACAACAUUCAUCGGCCUCAUGCUCCUGAUCCCCAUCUUCUGGAUGGCCGGCUGGUCCUGGGCCGCGUCUUGGUCCAAUAGGCUGAGCGCCAUCCUGAACGGCAAUGACUCUUCCCAGUUUGACGGGACCGUCUACAAGGCCUUUUACGCUUCUCUGACUGCCGGUGCUGUUCUCGGAGCUGUCGUCUGGAUCAUGACGAGCAUCACCUCCUUCGUCUUCAUCCGGAUCUGCCUCCUCGACGUCACAGGCAGCGGGAAUACUGAUGCCGAACUUGUCGAGAGGUCAAAGUCGGAUGAUGCAUCUGACAAGCAAGCUCGAUUUGCCUAA